AUGUCUGAUUCUGACCAUUGCAAUGAGUUAUCGUCCUAUAAUUUGAUAAGAAAUAUCAUUCAAGACCUGUUUUCGUAUAACACCGUCAAAAGGAAGCGAAUCUUGGAGUACUACUUUUUUCGAGACGCCACCCUGGUAUCACCGGCCAUGAGCACGGACGGUGUAGACAAUAUUCAAUACAUGUAUACAGUAUGGCAAGCCAUGAAUCGAAAAGAACCCACUAUAACAAACAUCGUUUUUGAUGGACAUACAGCAGUAAUUCAUCUCAUUCAUAACUUGACGCCCAGAGUGUUUCCCAGUUUCGUGCAAUUGCAAGUACCAGCCAUCACGACACUGUAUUUCCGUGAAACAGAAUGUGAUAGUGGGCUAUUAAAGAUCUACAGACAAGAGGAUAGCUGGACAUUGGAAGGCCUAAUUCAGUCAGUACCAUUGGUGUCGUUUUGGUACAACCACGUCCUGCGAGUGGUAAUGGGUAAACUAUUAACAACCACAGGCGACAUUAUAACCUCUGCUAUUCAGCAAGCACACAAGAUAUCCAAGCAGCAGCAACAUCGUCACAGAAUCAAGCAGCACUGGCAAGAACAAGAGAUUGAUGCAGAAGAGUCUUAUAAAUCUGUCAAGGAAACAUUGCUAGUGAAAGGAAAAACAAGUUUAUUAAACGAUGAAUAA